UAUAUUUCCCCCACCUUCAAUUCUCACAAUGGGUGUAGGACGUCGCAUGAAGAAGCAGGGCCCUCCGGCCCCGCUGGAUGCGGCAACGAUUUCGAUGAUCAAGAAGCGCAAGGCUGGUGGGGAUGUUACAGGAACUAAGACCGAGAAGCGACGGAAGGCCGAAGACCUCAAGCCUGUGAAGGCCCCUAAGAAGACCAACGGAGCAGCUGCGAACGGAACGACUGCUAAGAAGGUGGUGGUGGAGGAAACGAGCAAGGGCAAGGGCAAGCCUGUCGAGAAAAAGCGACAGAUCUUGGAGUCCGACGAUGAGGAUGAGGAGAUGUCCGGUAUCGAGGAAGACGACAUGGACGACGAGUUUGACGACCUCGAUGGUGUGAGCGAUGGAUCGAUGGGUAGCAGCCAAGACGAAGACUCGUUGGUCGACUCGGACGAAGACGACCACCCCCGCGAAGCCAUGUUCUCCGACGACGAUUCCGAUGCGGAGGAGCAGUUGACGGCGGCCAACAUCGAGGGUCUGUCGCGGAAACUCGACCUGGAGAGGGAGGCAGAGGAGGAGGAGGCAGAGCGAGAAUUGCAGGAGGCGGCCAUGCAGACGAACAUCGCCGGGGACCGUCCGGACGUGUUUGGCGCCGAGACUGGACAGCCCGGUAUGGCGCCCGACUUGCAACUCCUCCGCACCCGAAUCACCGACACGAUCCGCAUUCUUGGCGACUUGAAGACUCUGGGCCAACCGGACAAGUCGCGCGCUGAGUACGUUCAGUUCCUCAUCAACGACAUCUGCACCUACUACGGAUACACGCCGUACCUCGCCGAGAAGCUCUUCAACCUGUUCUCGCCGUUGGAGGCAUUCGCGUUCUUCGAAGCGAACGAGACGGCGCGACCCGUCGUCCUCCGUACCAACACCCUGCGCACGAACCGUCGGUCUCUGGCGCAAGCGCUCAUCAACCGCGGUGUGGUGCUCGAGCCGGUCGGAAAGUGGUCCAAGGUCGGUCUGCAGGUGUUCGAGUCGGCGGUGCCCCUGGGUGCGACGCCCGAGUACCUGGCCGGUCACUACAUCCUCCAAGCGGCAUCGUCCUUCCUCCCCGUCAUGGCUCUCGCCCCGCAGCCCGAUGAGCGUGUGCUCGAUAUGGCCGCCGCCCCCGGUGGUAAGACGACGUACAUCUCGGCGCUGAUGCGCAACACCGGCUGCGUGAUCGCCAACGAUGCCAGCAAGCCCCGUGCCAAGGGUCUCAUCGGUAACAUCCACCGUCUGGGUUGCAAGAACACGAUCGUCACGAACCUCGACGCCCGCGAGGGCUUCCCUCAUACCAUCGGCGGUUUCGACCGGGUGCUCCUGGACGCUCCCUGCACCGGUACCGGUGUCAUCGCCAAGGAUCCCGGCGUGAAGACCUCCAAGACCGAACGCGACUUCCUCGCCAUCCCGCACAUGCAGCGCCAACUGCUGCUCGCCGCCAUCGACUCGGUCAAUCACGCGUCCAAGACAGGCGGCUACGUCGUCUACUCUACGUGCAGUGUCACAGUGGAGGAGAACGAGGCGGUGGUGCAGUACGUGUUGAAGAAGCGCCCCAACGUGAAGCUGGUCGACACCGGCCUCGGCGACUUCGGCAGCCCCGGUUUCACCAAGUACCAGGGCAAGCACUUCGACCAGAAGAUGACUCUCACCCGCCGGUACUUCCCGCACCGCGAGAACGUCGACGGUUUCUUCGUCUCGAAGUUCAAGAAGACCGGUCCCAGCCCCACGACCACCGCCCCCGCCGACGGCACCGCGGCCCCGGCCGAUUCCAAGCCCAAGACGGCCUCCAGUGCCUCCUCUGCCGCUACCACCGACGACGAGGACGUCAUCGACAAGACGCCGAUCACGGACGAAGAUGGCAUGGUCCCCGAUUCCGAGGGCGGCGCCUUCGGGCCGUUCGAGGACAACGCGGACGACGACAAGGAGCGGAUUCUGCGUGCGGAGCGCAAUCGCCUCCGUCGCAAGGGCCUCAACCCCAAGGCUGUCCUGAACAGGCCCAAGAAGGCCAAGGAUGAGACCAAGCCUGCGGAGGCGCCGGCACAGGAAGACAAGAAGGAUGCGGCCCCGAAGCAGGCGGAGAAGAAGGCGGAGAAGAAGGACGAGAAGAAGGCGGACAAGAAGGAGGAUAAGAAGAAGGCCAAGAAGGAGACCAAGAAAGACACCGUCCCCGAACAGGCCGAGAAGAAGCCCAAGAAGGAGGACAAGAAAGACGCUACUCCCGAGAAGAAGAGCAAAAAGCCCGCCGCCGACGCGUCCAAAGGCAAGAAGGGCAAGAAAUAAUUACCUCAUCGACUGUAUAGAUGUGUUUUGAGGAGGGCAAAAAGCAUCGUGAUUAUACUCUGGCGGAUGGCGCAGUCAUGUCUG